UUAGGGGUUGCUUUUGAGCAAGGUAAAAUCCUCCCCACACCAGAGACUGUUCCAUUUAGAUUAACCAGGGACAUUGUGGACGGAAUGGGGAUUAGUGGCGUGGAAGGAGUCUUCAGAAGGUGCUGUGAGAAAACAAUGGCUGUUAUGAGAAAUUCUCAGGAAGCUUUGCUGACUAUUGUAGAGGUGCUGCUGUACGAUCCUCUUUUUGACUGGACCAUGAACCCCUUGAAAGCUUUGUAUUUGCAGCAGAGGCCAGAGGAUGAGGCUGACAUGAGCUCUACCCUCAAUGCUGAUCCGCAAGAAUGUAAAAGAAAAGCCAGUGAUGACCAGAGUUUUAACAAAGUGGCUGAGCGUGUUCUGAUGAGACUUCAAGAGAAGCUGAAAGGUGUUGAGGAGGGAACAGUGCUCAGUGUGGGAGGGCAGGUGAACCUCCUCAUACAGCAGGCCAUGGACCCGAAAAAUCUGAGCCGACUUUUUCCUGGAUGGAAACCCUGGGUGUGA